GUGGGUGGUUGAGUAGGAGUCCGCAGCAACUGAAGGGCCCAGCGAACGGUGGCUGAGGCUCUGUGAAGCAGCGGGAAGGGCCGGUAGAAGAAGGGGUUGGUUUCUGGGCGGCGCCAAGUCUAUGAGGGGGCGCGGUCACGGCCGAGGCUGCCCGGGGACGCCUAGGCGGCCACGUCCCCCUCCCUCUGAGUGUGUAGUGCUUAGGACCUCUAGAUAUGUCCGAGGUGAAGAGUCGGAAGAAGUCGGGACCCAAGGGAACCCCAGCGGAGCCGGGGAAGCGGAAUGAGGGCGGAAAGAGCCCGGAGGUCCGGGGCGGCGGAGGGGGGUGCUGGGCGGACCCCCGAACGGGCCUGAGCCUGCUGUCGCUGGGGACGUGCCUGGGCCUGGCCUGGUUUGUAUUUCAGCAGUCAGAAAAGUUUGCAAAAGUGGAAAACCAAUACCAGUUACUGAAAAUAAAAACCAACGAGUUCCAAGGCCUUCAAAGUAAAAUCACUUUAAUUUCAGAAAAGCUUGAGUCCACUGACAGCCUCCUGCAGGAAGCAACAUCAGCCAUGUCUUUGACGACCCAGUUUGAGCAGGAAGUAUCCAGCCUCCAAAGGACCAUCCAUGACAUUCAGAAUAGUGAAGAGACGCUCACUCAAAAGAUGCAAAACCUGAGUGAGACCUUACAGAAUAUUACGGGCGUGUGGAAGAGAAGCCUGGAAGAAAUGAACGUUAACACAGACGUUUUCAAAUCAGAAGCAAAACACAGACAUUCUCAAGUGACUGCCCAGAUAAACUUAGCAGAGCAAGAAAUAAAAUUGCUCACAGAGCGGCUAAAAGACCUGGAAGACAGCACCCUAAGAAACAUUAGAACAGUAAAAAGACAAGAAGAUGAAGAUCUCCUGCGGGUAGAGGAGAAGCUCGGCUCCGAUACCAAAGCCGUUGAGAAGUUAGAAGAGGAACAGCACGCCCUCUUUGCCAGAGAUGAAGAUCUGACGCACAAACUUUCCAACUACGAACCCAAAGUUGAAGAAUGCAAGACACAUUUGCCAACCAUCGAAAGCGCUGUUCGCUCUGUUCUCAAAGUCUCUCAGGAUCUGAUCACGACGGAAAAGAAAAUGGAAGACUUGACCAUGCAGAUGUUUCACAUGGAAGAUGACAUGCUGAGAGCAGUGUCGGAAAUAAUGGAGAUGCAGAAAGUUCUUGAAGGAAUUCAGUAUGAUAACAGCAUAUUAAAGAUACAAAAUGAGCUGGAUGUUCUCAAAGGAAAAGUUCAUGAUUUUGCGGCAUAUUCAAGUAUAAGAGAAAAGGGGACUUUAGAAGAAUAUGGCCUAGAAAAUAAAGGAAUUGAUGAUUUUUAAAUUCACUGCAUUUAUUCUGAGGAACCAUAUUACUAUGUAUACGUUGAUUUGUUCCAUGGUUCUGAGUUACUUUGAUAUGUCUCACUUUUUCCUAUAUUAUUGGGAAAUAAAUGAGAUAGCCACACAAAUGGAUUAUCCAUAUAAUCGAAGCUUAUCUUUUUAAACACUACAACAUUAUUCCAUUUAAACCAUUCCUAAAUAGAAACAGUUCUAAAAUAUGUUUCUCUACUUUUUAAAGCAAGAUACUUAAUAAUUUUCCUCUAAUUCAUGGGCAUCAUUAUGAAUUUCACCUGUUCCAUUGGACACAACUAUAUUGAGGUGUGGAGGAGCUACUGAAGAGUGUUUACCACUUCAUUAAACAACCCCAGUUUGCUGUUUUCAAAUCUUUGUUUCUUAUACAUUUUCUGCCACCGUAUGUUAAGGUCAAGGUGGCUGGUAAGGUCAGCUGAGGUUGGUUGCCUCAGUUCUUUGCUUUCCUUUGUAAUUCACUGCAGGUUAAGAAUCCAGACAACCAAGUUCAUUGGAAUUUCUGUCUAAAAGAUAAACGUGCCAGAGAGGCUCAGGCCUUGGCUAUGAAUUAAUAUGCACUUUCUGAAAGCUAUGAAGCCUGGGAACUGUUUAAUUUUUUGUUAAGGUUCGGAACUGUGUUACAGAUACUUGGGAGAAUUUUAAAAUACAAGUAAAUAUAUUCUAAUUUAAGGCCUUUCCUAUGAAUUAUGCAUGUAUGCUUUGAAGUAUGAACCUUUGAAAUAUCUUUGUGUACUGGGCUUCUUUUUUGGAGAGGGUAAGAUUCUAACUGUGUUUACACUCUUGAGUUUGCUAGAUACAUGAUCUCUAGAUAAAUUAGUCUAUGUACAGUAAAAAGUAUACCAAUAAGCCUGUGGCCUACUUUUUUU